AGCCCGCGCAAUGGCUAUCUCGUGCUGUGUAACCUCUCCUCUUCCCCGCUGUUCUCCAGUCCCCUCUCUCCCUUGGCGGAUACCUAAUUUCUCUGCUCGAAUCUCUGUUGAGACAUCGUUUUCGAAGAAGAGCAAUCGGAGCACCGUGCACUGCUCGGUGAUGGGCCGACUUGUGUUUGACUCCUCUUCUUCUUCAUUUCGUAAAGGAGAAGGCGGAGGUAACGGAGAUGCAGAGUUUUGUGUGGUAACCUUCUAUAAGUUCGUUUUAAUUGAAGAUCCCGAGGGAGAGGUUGCCAAGCAUCAAGAAUUCCUUCAGGGGCAUGACAUAAAUGGUCGAAUAUAUGUGAAUGAGCAAGGCAUCAAUGCACAGUACAGUGGUCCGGUUGACGAUGCUCUAGCUUAUGCAGAUUGGCUUAAAGAAGAUCUUAGAUUUUCUGAUAUUCUGGUUCAAACUUCACCAGCUUUAGAUGGUCAUGCUUUUCCAAGAUUGAAAUUGCGGUAUAAACCUUCUCUUGUACAGCUUGAAGGAGGUAUGUCUCACCUCCCUGUGCUAGACCCUACUAUGAGAGCUGCCCUGUUGACUCCAGCGGAAUGGAGAGAAAGAUUGCAGGCUUCAACUAAUAAGUUGGAAAAGCCAAACAAAGCGAGAGGCUCAAAUCAUGAUAGAAGGCCAAUACUUCUUGAUGUGAGAAAUGGUUAUGAGUGGGAUGUCGGCCAUUUUCAAGGUGCUGAACGGCCAGAGGUGGAUAGUUUCAGACACACUUCUGUUGGGCUUUCAAGUGAUGAGGCAGUGCCAGCGACGAAAAAAUUCAAAUUGAAUUGCAUUGUACCACAUUUGGAGGAGAAAUUGGAUGAUAUGUUCACUGGCGUUGUAGCAACAGGAGCUCAUGCUUUCUCCUUAAAUGAGCAGGGCUUUGCCAGCUUAGCACAGGAUAUGGAGACCGAGCAUAUAGGUGACUCAGGAGAAGGUCUCAACCAAAUCUAAACAGACGUUCAAUCCGCUGGUGGGAUAAAACGUCCCCGACCUGAAAAAAAGAAAAAGGGCUUCGCAUUUACUAGAGGUACUAUUGAAACAUUGCUUGAAACUUGUAAAACAAAGUCCAAACCAGCGAAAAACAACACAAUUCAGGAGUGUGUUCAGAUCCUUAACACAUAUCCUGAUAUUAAGGAAGACAAAGCUAUGUAUGUAAAAUAUGUGAAGUUUUUAGGGACCCCAACUCACAGACAGCUCUUUGCGACUUUGGACCUAGAAUUCUGACUUGUCUAUUUGCGUUCUUUCAUAAAUGAUUGACUGUUAUUUACUGUAUCUUCAUUGCUACUGUUAUAUCUUUGUACUAUUUAUGUGAUGGACUCUUCUAUAUUUAUUUCUU